AUGGCUGACGAGGAAGUUGCCGCUCUGGUCAUUGAUAACGGUAGUGGUAUGUGCAAAGCCGGAUUCGCUGGUGACGAUGCUCCGCGCAGCGUCUUCCCUUCUAUUGUCGGCCGACCCAAGAUGCCUGGCAUCAUGGUGGGUAUGGACCAGAAGGACUCUUAUGUUGGUGAUGAGGCUCAGUCCAAGCGUGGUAUCUUGACCUUGAAGUACCCCAUUGAGCAUGGUAUCGUCACCAACUGGGAUGAUAUGGAGAAAAUCUGGCAUCACACUUUCUACAAUGAACUGCGUGUCUCUCCCGAGGAACACCCAGUUCUACUCACUGAGGCUCCUCUCAACCCUAAGGCUAAUCGCGAGCGCAUGACUCAGCUCAUGUUCGAGACCUUCAACGUGCCCGCCAUGUAUGUCCAGAUCCAGGCCGUGCUGUCUCUAUAUGCCUCCGGUAGAACCACCGGUAUCGUUAUGGAUUCCGGUGAUGGUGUUAGUCACACUGUUCCCAUCUAUGAGGGUUACGCCCUUCCUCAUGCUAUCCAGAGGCUCGAUCUGGCUGGUCGCGAUCUGACCGAGUUCAUGAUGAAAAUUUGA